CGCCUGAGACCUGAACACGGCCGGCUCAUAUGUUGCCUUUGCUCCUCGCUAUCCAAAGCUUGUUCCUAUCACCUCCGGCGACACACCAAAGCCCACUUUGCCAAGCAAACUAGCUAAUCUAAGAAGAAGUACCCAAGGAAGGCGAGAUCGAGAUGGCUAGCUAUGGGGCCUCACUCGGCUCCGUCACGACCUUCAUCCUGCCGAAGAUCUGGUGGGCAUGCUUUUGGCAAAAGCCAGAUCUUCGAGAUGCAGUCGAUUCCUUGAAGCUGCAGCAUAAGCAUAUCCUGGGGAAGAUUCGAGAAUACCGCGCCAUAAGCGAACGUUUCAGCGAUAUUGGGGGAACCCUGGAUGAGCAUAUUGCAGAUCUGAGACGCAUGGCAAAUGAAAUGGAGGACUGCAUAGACAGCUGCCAUAUCGCGGAGGCGACAAGAACGCGUGCAGAGCUUCUUAGAAAGAUUCCUCGUCUCAAGGAAAGAUCCGAAAAACUGGAAGUGGAUUAUAAGGGUCCAGGGAAAUCCACCGGAGGGGAAACAACGACCUCAAGAAAAGAAGCAAGUAAUGGAGCUUCUGGACAUGGGCAAUCAUAUUCUGGAGGUGGCUUCCGAGUUGUAAAACCGUCCUGUGCUGAUCCGGUGGACAUGGACGGUCCAAUCAAGGAACUUCUGGACCUGGUGAAGAAAUCGGAUAGCGAACCGGAAAGUAAGCAGCUCAAGGUGAUCUCCAUCUCUGGCUUCGGUGGCUUGGGUAAGACUCUCCUUGCCGACAAAGUUUACUUCCAUGAAGAUGUGUGCGCGCAGUUCAGGGUGCGCGCUCGCGUCGAGGCCGCGGGAAAGAGCCAUGACCAAGUUGUCGAGGAGAUACUCAAGCAAGUACCCGGGACUAGUGCUAAUGAUGAAGAGAUACCACAAAAUGGCGAGCAAAGUGUGAACGACAAGGGCAAGAAAGUCCAGAUUGAUGGAGUGACACGACAAAAUGGCGAGCCUGGUCAUGGUCAAGCCACACAACCAAGUACUAGCGAACGUCUCAGAUCAUCCCUCAAGAAUGAACGAAGGAGUAGUCUUGUGGUUGUGGGAGCGGCCACGACACUGUGGCUGUAGAGCAGAAUGGAUCUACUCCGUCCGUACCAUAAUACAAGACAUUUAUGCAGUUCAAAUGCUCCAGAGGUAGUACGUACUUAUCUGUUCCUAAAUUUGUCUCUUACAGGUUUUUGAUUAUAAUUGUGGACAUCCAAGAGAAUAGGAGCGAAAUAGCGAUAGCAUCUGUUUUAAAGGGUCUUGGUGAUGUGCACAGCAGGGUUAUCGUCACGACAACCAUUCAGAGCAUAGCAACAAGCUGGGCAUCUCCAAACAACCAUUUGUAUCCUAUGAGUACACUUAAUAAAGUCCACUGGGAAGAGCUGUUCUUCAGAGAAUUUGAUGAAGGGAAAUGCAAAAAGCCAUCGGAGAUGGGGCAGUUAAGUUCACUGAAGUCACUUCUGGAGAAAUGUGACGGCCUUCCUCUUGCUCUGAUCAGCACUGCAAAAGUUUUGAGUGGAACUGAACUGGACAAUAAAGCAUGUACAGAAGCCUGGAAGAAGCUUUGUGACAUAAAACAUGACGAAACAAGCACGUUACAGAAAAUGCAACGGGUGCUAGCCAGCACCUGCGCUGGUCUAUCUGGCACUAACGUACCUCCUACCCUCAUUGAUUGCUUGCUCUAUUUCAGCAUGUUCCCACCAAAUCAUCAUGUCAGGAAGAAUUCUCUAAUAAGGCGAUGGCUGGCUGAAGGAAUGAAACACAAUGUUGACAGGAAGGAAUUUAAUUUAGAAGAGCACAUUGAGUGACUCAUCGACCGAAGUAUCAUUCAGCCCAUGGAAGUGAGCACGCGGGGUGACGUGAAGGGAUGCAAAGCUUCUAGUCUAAUGUACGAGUACAUUUUCCACAGAUCUAAGUCUGAGGAAUUCAUGGCAGUGCUCUCUGAUGUGAUGGACAAUGGGUUUGAACGAAAGGGAUAUGUCCGCCGGCUUUCUAUCCAUGCUACAGAAACUGGGAUUGCAGAAGAGAGAUUGCCCGAUGAUUUAUCCCAUCUCCAUACUCUGGCGGUAUUCGGCACUGAGAAGCCAGAAGUUACAAAGGAUCUUGCCAAUGGUUUGUUUGGGAACAAAGGGGUUCUUGCCAAGUAUAAAAUACUUCGGGUGUUGGAUUUGAAAGAAUGUGCUGGUAUGAAAGGAAAACAUCUUCAAACUAUAUGUGACCUGUUGCUGCUGAAAUAUCUGAGCCUCGGGGACAGUAUUGUUCGGGUUCCAAGGAAAAUAGCGCAGCUUAAACUGUUGGAAACACUCGAUCUAAGCAGAACCAAUGUAGUGACAGUGUACAUGCAAGUCUUGGGGCUCCCCAGUUUAACGCACCUUCUUGGGAAAGUUCGGUUGUCCAAAUGGGACUGCAUAUUCGGAAUGGAAAAGCUGAAAAGGUUCGUGAGGAAUAAAUGUAAGUUGGAUACCCUUGGAGGAUUCACCACCGGCAAGAGCGAAGCAUUUCCGCAACUGAUAGUCAUAGGUCAUAUGCGGCAAUUGAAUAAGGUGAAAAUAUGGAUCCAUCCCGCCGCUGAUACGAGAAACUUGGAGCAUCUAACAGAAGGCAUCAAGGAAUUCGUUAGAAAGACGUAUAUGGGCAAGGUUGGUAGGGCACUAUCAGUUGACUUCUCAGACUGCAUACAAGAACCACAACAAUCCUUGAAUUUCCUAAACCUACAAGAUCCUCAAACAGAAGAGGUCGAAGAAAUUGUGAACAUUCAAGACAAUACCCAAGGGGCUCAAUUAGAACAAGAUGAAGAAGCAAAUCCAUGUCUCGGCACUGAUGGUGGCAGUACGAGCAAUCAAAUCACGAAUAUCAAAGACAAUAUCCAAGAGCAGCAGACAGAAGAAAUACAAGAGCCCAAACAAGGUGCCCCCUCUGACUCUGAGGAUGCCUGUUCCAGAAAUGAAACUGAGAUGAUGCAAAACCAUCAGAAUAUCCGAGAAGGAUAUGACAAAUGCCGCAACAAGCUUUCCUCGCUCAAACUUUGUGGCAAGCUGACAAAAUUCCCUCUUCAAUUUGUCACAGAGAUUGCUGGUAUUGAGAGGUUGUGCCUUUCAUCUACAGGUCUGUCUGGGGAGAAUAUUGCAUACGCUCUAAGUGAAUUGCCCGACCUGUUUUAUCUAAAGCUGCGUGAAGAUGACUUAAGUCUCCUCGACCUGCAAAAUAAGCAAUUUCCAAGCCUGCGGCGCAUUUGCUUUUCUGUGAAAGAUGGUAAUCUGCCGCGCCCAACAAUCAUCAAACACUUCCGUAAUCUUCGCGAAGUGUAUCUGUAUGCUAAUCUGAAUUAUGAAGAAAGGCGCAGCUGGAAAGCAGCUUCAGAGAGUCAUCCUGAAAGGCCAAGGGUUUAUUUCGCCGAAAGCACAUGCAAGGGAACUUCUUCCGAGGCUGUGACCCAAAGCCAGUAAUGAACAUCCUCCGCUUCACGCAAGAGAUGAGGCAAAACUGUGUGCCACCAACAUGAAGAAUAAUUUCAGUUUGAUGCGCCGAUGCACCAAAAUGACACUUCAGUUCAUAUUUACUCUUCAAGUUUCUCUCCUAAAGUUUGUUGCUGGUCGUAUUAAGCUUGGUCAUGUUGUUGCAUUUACCUUAUCCAAAUUGCGUAUGCAUUUGUUAUUGUUGUAUGUCUUUCCUAAUCCGAAUUCGUGGGAAGAUUGUACAUUCACUCCCUAAGCCAACUAUUUCAUUGUUGAUGUCAUAUUGUAUGCAGUUGAAUAAACUAGUGUGCUAGACAUCUCUAUGGAGAACCAUUAUGUUUGAA